UUUCACUUUUCAGUUCCCAUCUAGUUGGGGUUACACAUGAAUCUAUGCAAGUCUCCAUAACUCAAUUUGAUAAGUGUGUGCAAAAUUUAAGCACGUGAAUGAACAUGCCUGAUAGAAAGGGAAAAGGGGAAAGAAACCCAUACCUCUUCUAUCUACUUGUUCUCUUCUAUUCACUCUCAAUUCAAUCCAUCCUCUAAAAUUUGUUUAGGGUUUUGUUCUUAAAUUCCCCAAUUCCAUCAAACCUAAGAAAAAUUCUUCAUCAAUUCACACUGAAAAAGUCAAAGCUGCAAACUUUGGGUCACAAUUCCAUUGAAUCUACGAAAAAUUCUUCGAUUCACAGAUACCCAUUUGCAGAAUUCCACUGAAAAAACUCAAAGUUGCAAACUUUGGGUCUUUCAGCAAUGCUUGCCGCUGCAGCUUCUGCUUCUAGGCACCUUCUUCAACGCGAUGCCAGACCCAACAAUCGAGUUCGAUCGCUUCUAAGUGCUUCUGGCAUCACCACCACCAGCUGCUACCAAUUUCGCAGUGCAAGAGGUUACAGUUAUGGAACCAGUUUGAGUAACCGCCAAUCCAGAACAUGCCCAAGUUUGCUUUUUACUGUAAAGGGGUUUCUCUCUGAUUCUCCAUCUUCUUCUGGAAGAGUAACUAGGCCUUACUUACUACAAUCUAGUUCGACGGUAGACGGGCGAGGAUUUUUCUCAACUUCUUCAAGUAAACCUGAUGAUGGAAGCCAGAGCCAAAAGAAGGCUGAUUCAGCUGUUGUUAAAUCACCUCCAGGGGGACAAAUUUCGGAUGCGAAGAUCAUUCGUACGCUUGCCAGUUACCUUUGGAUGAAAGAUAACCCGGAAUUUCGGUUUCGGGUUGUUGCUGCAUUGUUUUUACUUGUUGGGGCUAAGGUUUUGAAUGUUCAGGUCCCUUUCCUAUUCAAGCUUGCAGUUGAUUGGUUGACGGCUGCCACGGGCAAUGCUGGUGCUAUUGCUUCAAAUUCGGCCGCGGUGGCUCUUUUUGCAACCCCUGCGGCGGUGUUAAUUGGAUAUGGGAUUGCACGAUCAGGAGCUUCUGCUUUCAACGAACUGCGGAAUGCAUUAUUUUCUAAGGUAGCACUCCGAACAAUUCGAUUGGUAUCAAGAAAGGUCUUCUCACAUUUGCAUGAGCUUGACCUUCGGUAUCAUCUAAGUCGAGAAACUGGUGGAUUAAGUCGAAUAAUUGAUCGUGGUAGCCGUGCAAUAAAUUUCAUUCUCUCCUCUAUGGUGUUCAAUGUAGCACCCACCAUAUUAGAGAUAUCUAUGGUAUCAGGUAUACUGGCUUACAAUUUCGGAGCUCCUUUUGCUUGGAUUACUUCCCUAUCAGUUGCUGCUUAUAUUAUUUUUACACUGACUAUCACUCAGUGGAGGACUAAAUUCAGGAAAGCCAUGAAUAAAGCUGAUAAUGAUGCCACUACAAGGGUUGUUGAUUCACUUAUUAAUUAUGAGACUGUCAAAUAUUUCAAUAAUGAAGUUUAUGAAGCUGAUAAGUAUGACAAGUACCUAGAGAGGUAUGAGGAUGCUGCUCUGAAAACCCAACGCAGUCUUGCUUUGUUGAACUUUGGUCAAAAUAUUAUAUUUAGUACUGCUCUUUCAACAGCAAUGGUGCUGUGUUCUCAUGGGAUCAUGAAUGGCACGAUGACUGUUGGUGAUUUGGUGAUGGUGAAUGGGCUGCUCUUCCAACUAUCUCUUCCUCUCAAUUUUCUUGGUAGUGUUUAUCGCGAGACUAUACAGAGUUUAGUUGACAUGAAAUCCAUGUUUCAGUUACUUGAGGAAAGAGCCGACAUCAGGGACAAAGACAACGCAGAGCCUCUGAGAUAUAAUGGGGGGAGGAUCCAAUUUGAGAAUGUACAUUUUAGUUAUCUCACAGAAAGAAAGAUACUAGAUGGAAUAUCACUUGUUGUGCCAGCUGGUAAAAGUGUUGCAAUUGUUGGGACUAGUGGAAGUGGAAAAUCAACCAUUCUUAGAUUGAUAUUCAGGUUUUUUGAUCCUCAUUCUGGAAAUAUAAAGAUUGAUGGUCAAGAUAUUCGGGAGAUAACCCUUGAAAGUCUGCGGAAGUCUAUUGGUGUUGUUCCACAAGAUACUGUACUUUUCAAUGAUACAAUUUUUCACAAUAUUCAUUACGGUCGUCUGUCAGCAACAAAAGAGGAGGUCUAUGAAGCUGCUCGGCAAGCUUCCAUUCAUGAUACAAUCAUGAGUUUUCCUCAGCAAUAUUCAACAGUCGUGGGAGAACGAGGGCUCAAGUUAAGUGGUGGUGAGAAACAACGGGUUGCCCUAGCUCGUGCAUUCUUAAAGUCGCCUGCAAUAUUGUUGUGUGAUGAAGCUACAAGUGCCCUUGACAGCACUACAGAAGCAGAGAUUUUAAGCGCAUUAAAGUCACUAGCUAAUGAUCGAACUUCCAUAUUCGUUGCUCACAGGCUUACCACUGCAAUGCAGUGUGAUGAGAUCAUUGUUUUGGAAAAUGGAAAAGUUGUUGAGCAAGGACCACAUGAAGAGCUCUUAGCAAAUGCGGGAAGAUAUUCACAACUUUGGGGCCAGCAAAAUAACACAGUCGAUGCAAUUGACACAGCCAUCAAAGUGGGAGCAUAAAAUAAUAAAUCUUUCCCUUUCUCUUCGUAAGGGUAAGAAAUGCAUAAUACAAUGUUAAUAGCACAUGUAUUUAAUGACAAUUUUGAUAUUCCAGCUAUAAGUUCUCUCUAGCCUCUUGAUCCAUUUUAUAUUGUUUACUAGAGUAAUUAAUGCACAUAGAUCAUAUUUUGGGUCAAGCAGCAGGGAGCAUCAAUUUGUUAACUUUUCUCUGCUCCAGGGAAAAUGUGUUAUUGGUUUUCCAAUGGACAUACCAGUUUGAGAUGAAUGAGCUUAUGUAUCAACAAGAGUUUGUAUUAUUGGAACUGGAUUAUUUGUUGAA